AUGAGUAGAACUAUUUUAGAUGUUGAUGUGCCGGUUUUCAUAGCUUUUCGUUUCAGCAAAAUAUUGAUGAAGCCUUAUGCAUUCCAAAUAAUGCAAAAUGAAAGCGAAAAAAGUUUUAACUAUUCGCUUUCGAAAGUGCGAAGGGUUGUUGAAAAUGCCUUUGGUCAUCUUAAGGCCCGAUUCCGACGAAUAGGCAAAGGUAUAGACAAUAAAGUCGAAAAUACGAAUGCUAUUAUCAAAGCAUGCUGUGUUCUGCACAACUUCUUAAACGAAAGAAAUGACAACAUUAACGAAAAAUGGAUGUCCGCUUUGCAGGAUAUAGAAAGGAAUCGUCAAUAUCCACAACAAGAAAUGUCUGUCAACGAUCGUCAAAAUAGUGCAGAAAUAAUUCGAAAUAGUCUAGCUACCUUUGUUUAUGCACGGGCAGCUGCUGAUGUCGACGGUGUUGGGGUUGCACAAUCGGAAAGCGAAGUGGGAGAAACACCACAUUCAUAAAGAUCGCCCGAUGAUGUCUCUAUAGAUAGUGCCACCAUUUCACUAUUAUCUGUAAUUUAAAAAGUACAUACAUAUGUACAUUAUACUACAUCACUCUUC